GGCCCUGACUUCUCUUCUGUCUCUAACUGCUUCGGUCUACCCUUUCUGUCUCUGCAAUGCCUGGAAGGAGAUUCUACUUGCCUUGAGGCCGAUUCCAAUCUGAGCUGGAUCCCCAAGUUAUUUAAAAAGAAAACAUGUACCACAUACAUAGAAGACAACCGGCCCAACAGAAAGGAAGAAAUGUGCCAAUGUGGUCUGGACAAGCAGAGUCAUGUGUCAGUAGCCAUGGAGGAUAACUUUGGAGCAGCCAUUGUGAGCACCUGGAACUCUGCAGAUCAUACGACAGAAGAGCCUACUGAUGCUUAUGGUGAUAUUGAAUUUGUUGGUGCUGGG